UUGACAUUGAUUCUUCCUCUCUUCUCUUCCGCUGUCGUACGCCGGGAUUUGCAGUGAUACUGCUCUUCAUUCUACGCGCUUCAAAAUGGCUUCUGCAACCGGAAUCCCGCCUACUUCCGCUGCCGCGCGCGGCCAGAGCGAAGAAGAACCGCUCCUCGGCAGAAGAGGCGAUGCAAGUCAGAUGCAGGGCCAGCCGCUCUAUCACAACUUGUGGAUUGGCACUGCUCCCAUCGCCCAAGCCGGCAUCUGGAUCCUCGCCGCCAUAGUCUGGGGAGCCAUCUUCUCCAACAAGCUCAUCUUCUUCUCCGCGCAUCCGCUUCUCAACUCUGCCGGCUUCCUCCUCGCCAUCCAAGCAGCCCUCAUCCUGCAGCCCACGCACACGCCCGACCAAAAGCGCGCCGGCACACUUGCCCACUUCCUCUUCCACGUCGUCGGCGCAUCUGCCCUAACCGCCGGCCUCAUCAUCAUCGAAAUUAACAAGCAAGGUCCCGGCCACGAGCACUUUGCCUCUGCACACGCCCGCCUCGGCCUCGCCUUUUACGUCCUUGUCUACCUCCAGGCCCUCGUCGGCUUCACCCAGUACUACGUGCCGCAGUUAUAUGGCAGUGUCGAGAAUGCUAAGAGCAUCUACAAGUAUCAUCGCCUUUCGGGUUACUUUAUUGCUGUGCUGGGUCUAGCUACUAUUUGCGCCGCUACGUGGACCACGUACAAUAUCUAUGUUGGGCAUAUGCAGCAUUGGGCGGUGAUUACCGCCAGUGUUCUUGUGCUGGUUGGUGUGGUGCCCAGAAUUCGGCUGAGCAAGUUUGGGAUUAAGAGGCAGGCUGGUGAGGUUAGGUUGUAGAUGUUUGAGACUUGGUUGUACCAAAUUCGGGGAGAGGGUUGAUUGAGAGAGGCAUGGGUUGGGUUACGAUUGUUUGAUAUGACGGGGGAACAUGCGUGCACUUGGAUUUGAUGAGAAAUAUGAGGCUGGAAUUAGCGUUUUGUCUUUGUUUAAAUGCAUUUUUUUUAUAGCGGGUUUAUGCCAUUUUCCUUGCUUUCUCUGUUCUUCCUCGAGCUUUUCCUUUCUUCCCACAACCACCCUUCCCCCCAUUUUGUCCCUCCCAAUUAAUUCCUGCUCUCUGCCCGUAAGCGUUUUUUUUUAAAAAAAAUCUUACCUUUUCACUCUCUUGUGGGACCAGUUCUGAACUUACAAAUCUAGGGAAAAAAAAAUAAACCCGCUCCAUUCAAACAGAGUAACUGUAUAACCCCGCCUCCUUUUUUUUCAGUGCAACACAUGUAUCUGCAUAUUUGGGUGUAUUUUAUCAUUUUAUUGUAGUCAUCACCUUUUGUUACUUUG